CGAGAACUAUUGGUCUCUUCGGAGUCGGUUACCGGAUUGAUCGUAUUGACGGCUCAUACUCGGUUUCCUCUUGUCAAGAAUAGACGAUGCGAUGCGAUGCGCAGAGUGGUGGUGACUGGAUUGGGAGCUGUGACGCCCUUGGGAGUUGGCGUCCGUCAAACAUGGCAACGCCUCAUCAAUGGUGAAUGUGGCAUCGUCACGACCAGACACCUGGGUGAUGAAUUCAAAGCCAUCCCGAGUCAAGUUGCAGGUCUAGUUCCCGUCGACACUUCACAAAAGGGAUCCUGGCAGGCCAAAGACCACGUCACACCUACAGAACUCAGACAGACGGCAAAGUUUGCGCAAUACGGUCUGGCAGCUUCAUCUGAAGCUCUCAAAGAUGCCGGGUUCGAGGACGGAAAAGGUCUUGACCCUGAAAUGACUGGUGUAUGUCUUGGUUCUGGUAUCGGUAACCUUGAAGAGCUAUACGAUACUUCAGUGGCUUAUGCUCAACAAAAACAAUACCGCAAAAUCCAUCCCCUGUUCGUUCCACGCCUCCUCAUCAACCUUGGAGCGGGACACAUAUCAAUGAAAUAUGGUCUACAGGGCCCCAACCACGCCGUGACCACGGCAUGUACGACGGGAGCACAUUCCCUGGGCGACGCUUCACGAUUUAUCAAGUCGGGCGAAGCGGAUGUCAUGAUCGCCGGAGGAGCCGAAGCCUGUGUCCAUCCGCUCGCCCUGGGCGGUUUCGCCAGAUCCCGUAGUCUGGCCACCGCGUUCAACGACGAGCCUCGUGCAUCCUCAAGACCAUUUGACAAGGAUCGAGACGGCUUCGUGAUUGGCGAAGGUGCCGCUUGCGUCGUGCUAGAGGAACUCGAACAUGCCAAAUCCAGAGGUGCCCGGAUCUACGCCGAACUCGUGGGUUACGGCAACUCGGCAGACGCCCACCACCUCACUGCACCCAGAGAGGACGGGAGGGGACCCCUUCUCGCGAUGAAGAAAGCUCUGCGGCAGGCUCAACUCCCCCCUUCCGCCGUCGACUACGUCAACGCCCACGCGACCUCGACCCCUCUGGGGGACGCCGCAGAAAACAAGGCGAUCGAGACUCUCAUGCUCGGGGAACAAGGGAGGCAAAAGUCGUCCGAAGUCACCCUCAGCAGCACAAAGGGCGCCAUCGGUCAUCUUUUGGGCGCCGCCGGUGCCGUAGAGGCCCUCUUCACUAUACUAACAAUACACGAGAAGGUCAUCCCUCCGACGAUAAAUCUCGUCUCGCCCGACAAAGGCUUCAAUUGCAACUAUGUUGCCAAUACCGCACAACAGGCCAAUGUUCAAGUUGCCCUCACCAAUAGUUUUGGCUUUGGUGGAACAAAUGCUAGCCUUUGCUUCAAGGAAUAUACCUAGGCUUCGCCUGAACGAUAUCGGAUAGUGUAGCAGUAUGGCUUUCCCUUCAGAUGGGAACGUCCAUAUACAAAAAUGGUUGGAAUUCCACCCAAGUACUCCUGAUAUCUAAAAGGAGUAUCAUGUCGCUCUCACCGUGAGCGCCAAAGGCCAACGAGAGAAUAUCCUGUUGGGGGAUGGGGUGAGCAGAAAGUGCUUCUGUUACACCCAUGAGUCUUGAUUGGCGUUUGGAAUAGGUCCCUCAAUCCGGUCAUGUCCUUCUCGGUGAUCAGGAUGAUUGACGUCUGAGUGAACGCCCUCAUCGAAUCUCAUACUUAGGAAUUGUACAAUGUGCUGGUGAUGUCUGGGACGGUCUUUGGUUGAAGAAUCACCCUGGACAUUGCCAUCACCACUUAGUCAUGACCGCUGUAGAC